AACUGAGCCUGAGGUAUAGAUGGGGCUUCCUGCCCAUGAGUCACCUCCCCGGCCCCGGGCUCCCAGAUCUCUCAGAUCUUGCUCUGGCCCGGCCCCCCAUCACCCAGUCCCCAUCAGUACACCUGGAUACCUUUGGGGGCAGGGGACUUCUGAGCAAGUGCUCGGGCCUGUGGUCUGACCCCCAUUUUCUCAUUGCCCUCCUGGGGCUCCUGGUUGCUAGGGGGACCUCCCUAACAAUGGGCUCAAUGAGGCCUUCUGGGCCUUGGGGCCCCUGCCCCUGGUUGCUGGGGGGAUACCCACUGGCAACCAGGUUUCGGGAGCCUGUGGGGCACCUGGAGCUGCCCCUCAGGCAUCACUUUACUAAGCAGAGGGAUUCCCUGGCAAGGUGUGCCCCCUUGGGGUUCCCUGGUCGGCAAGGAGAUGUCUCAGAUGCCCACCCACUUUCUACUCAAGUCUUUAAGGAUGCUCUUCUAAGGCCUGGACCCCACCCCGCCCACAAGGCCUCCUCUACCUGGUUGCUAAGGAAGCAAGUCUCUAGCAACCUGGCAUGACCCCGCCAGUGUGACCCCCCCUUUCCCCCCCAUUACUGAGGGGCUCCGUAGCAACAGAACUUAGACUCUUGGGGGCCAGGCGGGCGGGGCCAGGCUGGUUGCUGGGGUGAUGGCCUUCAAGGUCUCUCCCCACAGAAGCCCCAGGAGUCUGGGGAAGCGACAUGGUGGGCUCUGGGAUCCCAGCUUUGGGCCUUUUCCUGCUGAUGCAGGGCUCAGUAGAUGGGAAUGGAAUCCAGGGAUUCUUCUAUCCAUGGAGCUGCGAGGGAGACGUGUGGGACAGAGAGAGCUGUGGGGGCCAGGCUGCAAUUGAGAACCCCAAUCUCUGUCUGCGACUACGAUGCUGCUACCGUGAUGGGGUCUGCUACCACCAGCGGCCUGAUGAAAACAUGCGGAGGAAGCACAUGUGGGCACUGGGCUGGACGUGCGGAGGCCUUCUCUUCCUGAUCUCCAGCAUCUGCUUGUUCUGGUGGGCCAAGCGACGAGAUAUGCUGCGGCUGCCACGGUUCCUGAAGGGCAAGUGUGACCUGUCCAGGACGGUCUCUCUGCUGUCCAAAGACCGGGGGACUUCGAGCGACAAGAAGACGCCAUCCGUCGGCAGCAUGCUUGGCUCCCUGGCCGUGGAGGGGACCCUGGACACCUCGGGGGGCACCGAAGGGGAGGGGACAGAAGGGGGCGAAGAAACGGAAGGGGGGGAGGAGGAAGAUUAGGGGCACCCCUGGCGGGACCCCUCAAUACAUAUAUACAGCAUGGAUGCACCGUGUCUCUUCUGAGAAGCUAAAGCGGGGGGGCUAUGAGACCAGGAAGCAGGAAGUGCGUGCGUGCGUGUGCGUGCCUGGGGGCGGGGCCUGGGCUCUUGGGGGAGUCUGGGCUGUGAUCCCUGUGAGCUGACGGGCAUCUGGACUAAGAGGGGUCCAGUGGUAAGUGGGGGGGGAUCCAGGCUGAGGACACCUUGGGCAGAUGGGGGGCCCUGAGCUGAUGGGGGUUGCUGAAUUGAGUGUAGGUGCUGGGCUGCGGUUAUGGGGGCCUGGGCUGAGCGGGUUGGGGUGAGUUGGGGGUGGCCUAGAAUGAGAGGGCAGCCGUGCCACUCAAUUCUGCUGCCACUGCCUGACAGCUUCUGCUGCCAGCCCUCGGCACCCCGCUGCCCUCUGCCCCCACUUGCCAUGCCUCCCACCAAAGCCCUCGCACUCCCCGGUGGGGCGGAAACUUUCUUGGACGUUCAUGACAGUUCAAGACGCCUCCUGCUCAGCCCCCUUUCCUCCCCCUCUGCUUUCUCAGGGGACAGACCCACACCAAAUACCUCCAUAGGUAUUUUCCCGAAUAAAUGCUUUGCAUGUCCAA